AUGCCGGGGCUGGGUCACCUGCUUGCUCACCGGUGGUGGGUGGACUCUUCCGCACGCCAGCAGGCUGCAGUGGUGAAAUCGUUAAGACGAUCUAUCACCUCCGCGAGGCCCCCGGAAGUUCGUGCUGCGCAGUGCGCGUCGCAACGGCGCGCCCUGCUGCAGAGCGUGAUCCUCGACCCCGCAGGGGCGGGGCUGCUGCUGACUCUACGCCGCUUUUUUCUGCAGGCACCGCCCUCAGCUGAAGGGAGCAGCCCGGGCCUAGGUUUCCUGCGUGACGGACUCAGCUCGAGAAGGUGGAAUGUUCUGGGUGCUGGAAUGGGGACCGGGCAGCUGUCACAUUGGAGUGGGGAGCGGGAGCAGCCCCUUUUAGAGAACGUUGCUGCUGCUUUAAUGUUCGGCGAGUACAUGGAGUGGGACUGUGGGUCCCAGGCUCCUCAGCUCUACCUGCACGUCCUGGAGCCAGACUUAGGAUUUCCUCCCUUCGCGCCGGUCGGCUCUGACUUGGGGACACUGCCCGGUGGCCACCAGGAGAGCCAGGAGGAUUCAGAGGUUGCAUGGGCAAAUUGGGGCUCCCUGAGGAGUCACUUGGAUUUAGGGCUUCUCUCUAGGGCCAAGGGCCGAGGCUGCUGGAGAGCUCUCAGCCUCACCAUCGCGCACCCAAAGGACCGCAAAGUCUCCCUCUGGGGAGCCGCCGGGCGCCCUCCUCUGCUGCGGAGGCCGGUUCCUGAGCCAGGGCGCCCAGAGGUAGCACCAACGGCGAGGACGUCCGUGCAGAACAUCCACUGCUGGACGCCGGUGGCCCUGCGCCUGCCGCCCAGGAUGCCAAAGCCCCCGAGCAGCCAGCGGCGCCACACGCUCCCGGCCAGCGAGUUCCGCUGCCUGACCCCGCAGGAUGCUGCCAGCGUCCUUGAGAUUGAGCGGGAGGCCUUUAUCUCCGUCUCAGGGGAGUGCCCCCUGUACCUCCACGAGAUCCAGCACUUCCUGACCGUGUGUCCAGAGCUCUCCCUGGGCUGGUUCCAGGAGGGCCGCCUCGUGGCCUUCAUCAUUGGCUCACUCUGGGAUGAGGAGAGACUCACGCAGGAGUCACUGACGCUGCACAGGCCCUGGGGCCACACGGCCCACGUGCUCGUGCUGGCUGUGCACCGCCACUUCCGGCAGCAAGGCAAGGGCUCCGUCCUGCUCUGGCGCUACCUGUGCCACCUGGGCGGCCAGCCGAGCGUGCGCCGGGCCGUGCUCAUGUGCGAGGAACCUCUGGUGCCGUUCUAUGAGAGGUUUGGCUUCCGCCCCGUGGGCCCCUGCGCAGUCACCGUGGGCCCGCUGACCUUCAUGGAGCUCUGGUGCUCCCUGCGGGGCCAGGCCGCCUCCAGGAGGAACAGCUGCUGA